GGCAGCCAUGGCUCUGUCCAUACAGCGCUGACUGACGUCAAAAGCCGGCCUCUCAGCUUCAGACACGGUGAUCAACCGAUUUCAUACUGCAUUCUGACUACUCAAACAUGUCGGUGGCUUGAUCGUGGUGGAGCACAACAACAUCUGGCCUCAUAUUGGCCGUUUCUCGCCAAACGUUCAGGUCUAUGAAGCUUGCGUAUGCAGACGUCGAACCGCUUCCAAUUACAGCCAAUCAGUACACAGCAGACGCUCUCCACUAAAGUACUGUUGCCUACUGUGCCUUGCUGGGUAGAGCUAUGCUGAACAUCUCAGCUCUUCUGGCCGGACGUCGCAACAGUCAAGCGUCGACUAUAUAUGGACUGAUCGCGCCUGCUGUGUCUCAUAAUUAGCUAUAUCAUAAUUCUUCCGCUUACCAUCCUUUCUCUGUGUUCAACUUUUCCUGCAGAUUUCCGGGGUUUGAUGAAAUGACCUAAGGCACCAUGUCACCGCCAACUCAGCUUGUGAACGAGCCGAACGGCAACGUCUUAUCGGAAAAUCACGAGCUAAAUGGGAAGGAUAUUGCUGUCGACGAGUCCAAGUCAGCCAUUAAGGAGGAGCCUCCUGCCCCCAGAGGCUCAGUAUGUGAAAUCAAGGCUGUCGUACAGAAAGGCGAUGAGACCAUCGAGAAAGAAGAAUACCUCACUUCACUAAACAAGAAAGCUUUUGGUUCAUACGCCCUGGUUGUCAAGCAGGUUUAUGAUGAGAAGAAGCUUGAGAAGACUGUCGUUGAGAUCAACUCGCCACAUAUUCUGUCUGCUCUGAAGAAAAUCGUCUCAUAUUAUCCAGCCGAGCCGCUUGAAUUCGACACUCAGGUCUCGUAUGAUAGCCCUUUCAAAUUACUCAAUCAUCACCGCAAGGAGAUCGAAGAAUAUGUCACUACAGAACAGGACGAGGAGGCUAAAUCUCAUCUUCGGCUCUUGAUUGAAUUUCUGGAGAGUGAGAUGGGUGAUAAUGGCCCACAACUCGAACGCCUCCUCAAGUCCGGCCUGAUCACAUUCGACCUACUGUGGAUGAUCUUCCAGCCGGGCGACUUGAUCUUCAAGGAAGAGUACGGAUACGAGCGCCUGUACAAAUUACAAAAGACCGGCUAUCAGGAUUCGUGCAGCGCUAGGGGAAAGUUCUUCGAGAUCUCUGUCGAAUUCACCACCUGUGACGGACAGCGAGCAGGAAUAUCAAAUGCCAACAUUCCUAUUUGGGAGAAAGAAGAAUUCGUAGGGAAAAGUCCAUCGAAAAUCACCUCGCUCUCCGCAGUACCUCUGAAAUUUCUUGGUAGGAAAGAGAUCGAGCCAGAAGUACUUAUGAAGAGUCUUACAGAACGUGGACAACGAUACUUGGCAAUCCGGGGCGCUAAUUGCUUCAGCUAUGAAGGCCUCUUCAUGUACUUGAAGAUGCCGCCUUACGAUCAUUAUGACGAGAGGCAGGAAUACGACGGCAUUUGGCUCCCAAGAUCUGGUGCUGGCCGUGUAGUUGUGGACUGCAAGACAUUCAUCGAAGAGAUGCGAAGGCAGAAGGAGGAGAUGUCGCGCUGGACAUCCAUGUUCAACAAAGGCGACGAUAAAGACCAAGCCAAAGGUCGUGGCGGUCCACGUCAAACAGAGGACGUGGACCCAAUGCUAUGCCCGCCCUUCCUCUACGGCUACAACCUCUCUAUGAAGCAAUGGUGCAAGUUUUUCGUCGACUCUCUGCACAACUUCGAGUGGACUCCCAAUGCCAUGGACUCCCUCAUCCUUCCCGCCACCGAGCGCAAGCUCAUCCAAUCUCUUGUUACAGCACACAAAUUCCCCGACCAGUCGCGUGAUGAGUCCAUUCUCAAAGGUCGUGGUCUCGUCAUCCUGCUACACGGCGAACCCGGCACCGGUAAAACACUCACCGCCGAGCUCGUCGCUGAACACUGCAAACGUCCUCUACUUAAGAUCUCCACUGGCGAACUCGGUGCAUGGGGCGACCAAAUUGCCGACGAGCUCAAAGAGAAACUCGAAUAUGCGUCCAUCUGGAAGGCCGUGGUGCUGAUCGACGAGGCAGACGUCUUCCUUGAGCAGCGCAAGCGCGGCGACGCAAGGCAGAACAACAUGGUCGCCCUCUUCCUCAAGCAGCUCGAGUACUACCAAGGCAUCUUGUUCCUCACAUCCAACCGUGUCGAGGUUUUCGACCGCGCAAUUCGCAGUCGUGUGCAUCUGGCGCUCCAGUAUCACAGUCCAGAUGAAGGGCGCCGAAGGUUGAUGUGGAAGCAGCAACUUGUCUUGUUGGACAAGACCGACGUCGAUCUCGAAAUCGAGGCGUGUCUGGAUCGGCUUGCGAAGCCCGAGAUGAAUGGGCGCGAGAUCUCAAAUGCGGUGAAUACGGCCCGGACGCUUGCGGCGUCUGAAGAUAGCAGGGUGCAAAUCCAGCAUCUGGAUAUGGUGCUAAAGGUCUGGGAGGACUUUAGUCAGUCACUGCUUCGCAUUGAGGCUGCUUCUGGCUCGAGAGACGCGCAGGAUCAGCCUUCUGAGACUGAUUCUUGUUGCUGCUGAAAUCUCGACGUGCAUCCAGUCGUAGUCGUAUCAAAUUAUAGAAAAUUGCAAUCACAUGGUCAUCUCGCUUGAACAAUGAAGACACUAACACCACCCGUCUAGAUCCCGUCUGAAUCUUCAACGAAUAAUUACUCGACUAGUGCUGUUAUACUCCAAGAUCCAUACUCGCAUAGACUUUACAAGAAUACAUCGCAUGUGUUAAAAUUUUUAUCUAUCAAUACCUUUGAAAGUAAGUAAGAUAAGAAGGUAUCAGGUAGAUCUAUCUAAUUCUCCUGUUAAGAAAUAU